UGUCCUGCACUCGUUAAGUAAAAGAAAAUGAAUUGAAAGCGAUUACGUGUACAAAGAGUUGAAUGGCUAUAUAAGCUUUAGACAAAGCAAUUCUUUAGUCAGUUAAUUCUUUUCGAUAGUUACAUAAAGUUUCAAGCAUGGCUGGGAUGACAGGGAUAAGACUCUGCAUCACGCUAGCUGUGCUGUGUACAAUUAUCAUUUUCACAACAGCGAGGGAGAUAAAAUUGGAGAAUAAUGAUUUGGAAGUAGCGGCCAGUCAUCAUCACAAGGAUCAUCAUGGCGAGCAUGGCGGUGGUCACAAGCAUCACGAGGAUCAUCACGAGGAGCAUGGCGAGAAGGGACACAAGGGUCAUCAUCAUCAUCAUCAUUUUGAUAAAGGCGAUCACGGCCAUCAUGGCAAGGAGCAUCACGAGGGUGAACAUCACGAGCAUCAUGGUCACAAGAAGCAUCAUCACGAUGAGCAUGGCGAGCAUGGCGAGCAUCAUGAACAUGGCCAUGGACACAAGGGUCACAAGCAUGGUCACAAAAAGGGACACAAAAAGGGGGAGAAAACCCAUGGCUAUCAUAAGAAGGAGCACAAGGACGAAUAUCACAAGGAACAUAAAUUUUAUGACGAUCAACAUAAGGGUGGUCAUCAUGAGAAGCAUGGUCAUCAUCACGAGCAUCAUGGAGAGAAAGAGGGUCAUCAUAAGAAGGGUGGUCAUCAUCAUUCCGGUCAUCAUGAUCAUCAUCAUGGUAAAAAGGGUCAUCACGACAAGGGACAUCACGAUCAUCAUCAUCAUGGUCAUCACGGUAAACAUGGACAUGAAAAGCAUCAUCAUCAUCAUGAGGAUCAUGGAAAGAAGGGUCAUCAUCAUCAUGGAAAAAAAUUCGGUUUUCAUAAGGGCCAUCAUUAAGUUUCUUUUUGUUAAUCUUCAAAAAAAAAAAAAAAAAAAAAAAGCAAGAAGUGCAAUGUAAAUUUUUGUUUGUUCCAUUUUCUGAUGUAUAUUAAUUUACGUUUACCAUAAUAUAUAGCCAUGUUGAAUAUAUUUAGUAAAUUAUUCAUUAAAUAAAAUCGUUUCAUUUUUUUUUAUUUGUUGACAAU